CUAUAAUAUACAGGUCAGACUAGAUCAAAGCAGUCCUUUCUGGCCUUGGAAUCUGUGGAAGUAGUAACAAUAAUACCCUCAGAGCACUAGGCAACUGACAGUGGGUAAUUUGAGCAGCUGUAAGGCCCUUCAACCACAACUCUUACUUUUAUUGACUCUGAUCACUCACCCUGUGUAGGUUGCUUGGCUUUCUAUAUUGCAAGCUGUUUGGGCAAGGAAUUGUUUUGAUAUAUAUCCACAGUGCUUAGCACAAACAAGCCACAGCUGUGGAAUGCAAAUGCUAAUAAAUUAACUCACUCCUGUUACCAAUGAAUGCCCUUACGUCAGUCUAUUCUUACUAUACUGUAUACAAAAAUUCCAGAGAAGCAAAGUACUUAGUACAGUGCUACACUCAACAUUGAAUUAAUAUUUUUAACAUGUAUUUUGGCAGGAGUUGACAAACCUGUCGAGGAGAAUGGAAACUUUGCUCAAACAAAUGGACAGAGAGGGACUAGGUAAUUGCUGACUCCUUCUCUGGAAGGGAGAAGAAAGCAACAGAGGUUUCUGAGCAUUGCUGCUUAACAGGAUGGAGAAUGGGAGACACAAACAGCUUAGGGAACUUUCUGCUUUUCUUUAUUCACAAGAGAGUAGUUGGAGGUAGGGAAUAGUUGCAGGAGCUGCUGAACUCUUGUAGAGAGGAGAACAAGGGAAGCAAAAUGGCACAGAUGCUGGUUCUCCUUUAACAAGAAGGGAUAGAGGAACAGAACAGCUGGAGCUGCUUCUAUCUUUCCUGAAGUUGUGAGAGAGCUUGCAUUUUUCAGGAUUAGAAGAAGCUGUAUUUAGGAACAUACAGGCAUGUAAGGAGCUUGCCCAAACCACCCGUACAGCUCUUGGACCAAAUGGAAUGAACAAAAUGGUUAUCAAUCACCUUGAGAAGCUUUUCAUGACAAAUGAUGCUGCAACUAUCUUAAGGGAGUUGGAGGUCCAACACCCUGCUGCAAAAAUGAUUGUAAUGGCUUCCCAUAUGCAAGAGCAAGAAGUUGGAGAUGGAACAAACUUUGUCCUUGUUUUUGCUGGCACCCUUCUUGAGCUAGCAGAGGAACUUUUGAGGAUGGGACUUUCCAUUUCAGAGGUGAUAGAAGGUUAUGAAAAAGCCUGCAAGAAAGCCCUAGAAAUUCUUCCUGACUUAGUAUGCUGUUCUGCAAAGAAUCUGCAUGAUGUUGAAGAAGUGGCGUCUUUGCUGCACACCUCAGUAAUGAGUAAACAAUAUGGCAAUGAAAUCUUUCUAGCAAAGCUUAUUGCUCAGGCAUGUGUAUCUAUUCUUCCUAAUUCUGGUCAUUUCAAUGUUGACAGCAUCAGAGUAUGCAAAAUUUUGGGCUCUGGUGUGUCUGCCUCUUCAGUCCUGCAUGGUAUGGUUUUUAAAAAAGAAACUGAAGGAGAUGUUACUUCUGUUAAAGAUGCCAAAAUAGCUGUGUAUUCCUGUCCUUUUGAUGGUAUGAUAACUGAAACUAAGGGCACUGUACUGAUAAAAAAUGCUGAAGAACUUAAGAAGUUCAGCAAGGGAGAAGAAAAUCUAAUGGAUCUGCAAGUCAAGGCAAUUGCUGAUGCUGGUGCAAAUGUUGUAGUAACAGGUGGCAAAGUGGCAGACAUGGCACUUCAUUAUGCCAAUAAAUACAAUCUUAUGUUAGUCAGGUUGAACUCAAAAUGGGAUCUGAGGAGACUGUGUAAAACUCUUGGCGCUACCGCUCUUCCCAAAUUGAUUCCACCUACACUAGAAGAAAUGGGUCAUUGUGACAGUGUUUAUUUGUCGGAGGUUGGGGAUACACAAGUAGUUGUGUUUAAGCAUGAAAAGGAAGAUGGUGCCAUUUCUACCAUAGUAAUCCGUGGAUCUACAGACAAUCUAAUGGAUGACAUUGAGAGAGCUAUAGAUGAUGGUGUGAAUACUUUCAAAGUACUCACUAGGGAUAAACGUCUUGUUCCUGGUGGUGGUGCAACAGAGAUUGAGUUGGCCAAGCAGAUCGCAUCUUAUGGAGAGACAUGUCCUGGGCUUGACCAGUAUGCUAUCAAGAAAUUUGCUGAGGCAUUUGAAGCCAUUCCUCGAGCACUAGCAGAAAAUUCUGGAGUAAAAGCCAAUGAAGUUCUCUCCAAACUUUAUGCAGUGCACCAAGAAGGCAACAAAAAUGUUGGAUUUGAUAUUGAGGCUGAAGCUGCAGCUGUGAAGGAUAUGUUGGAAACUGGUGUAUUAGACACACAUCUUGGAAAACACUGGGGUAUUAAGCUGGCUACAAAUGCUGCAGUGACAGUGCUCAGAGUAGAUCAGAUUAUUGUGGCAAAACCAGCAGGUGGUCCAAAAGCCCCUAAACAACAAGGACACUGGGAUAAGGAUGAAUGGAAAGAUGAACCUGAAAAAUAGUGAGCUAUCAUCAUGGCAAAACCAGCUGGUGGGCCCAAACCUCCAUCAGGAAAGAAAGAUUGGGAUGAUGACCAAAGCGAAUGAACACCUUCACUGUACUUUGAGCGAACUAGGAUUGUAUGCAUCUUGUAAUACUCCUGUUGGGGCCUGACAUGUUUUCUCCCUCACCUUAAGUUAUGAAACUGUAUCCAGUAAAGAGUACAGUACCGCUACUAUUUCAAUAAAUGAACUUGCAAUAUAAAGACUGUUUAAUUUGUCCUAUUAGACUUUUGAGUGUUAAUUAUCUAUAUUGAUUAAAGGAACAAGUUGUUUUGAAUUUC